AUGAUGGCUCUGGAGUUCGAUGAGGAUAUCAUCGUCAUCGACGCGGGGUUGCUUUUCCCCGAAGAGGACAUGCCGGGCGUUGACCUCGGCAUCCCUGACAUCACAUACCUCGUGCAGAACAAGGAGCGAGUCCGCGCCAUCCUCAUCACGCACGGACACGAAGACCAUAUAGGCGCUCUUCCGUUCGUGCUGCCUGAGUUGGAUGUGCCCAUAUAUGCAUCGCGGCUCGCGCAUGGGCUAAUAUCGGUGAAGCUGCGCGAGCGUGGCCUCAUAAGAAAUGCCCGGCUGAAUGUGGUCGAGCCGCACUCGCCCUUCAGGCUGGGCUGCUUCCGCAUCGAAUUCUUCCGAGUCUGCCACUCCAUCCCGGAUGCCAUGGGCAUUGCGGUGACCACGCCCAUCGGAACGGUUAUCCACACCGGGGACUUCAAGAUCGACCAUACACCCGCUGACGGGCACUCAAUGGAUCUCGCCGCAAUCGCAAGGCUGGCAGGCGACGACGGCGCGCUGCUUCUGUGUUCUGACUCCACAUACGCGGAAGUGAAGGGGUACACCGAAUCCGAGCAGGUUGUAGGGGAAGCGCUGGACAGAGCCAUCGGCGAGGCACCCGGCAGAGUGAUGAUAGCCACAUUCGCGUCUCUCAUAUCGCGCGUGCAGCAGGUCAUGGACGCCGCCGUGCGACACAACCGCAAAGUUACGGUAGUCGGUCGCAGCAUGAGCAACAAUGUCAAGAUGGCGACCAAUAUGGGUUACCUGAACGCCCCUCCGGACACGAUCGUUACGAUGAACGAAGCGCGCCGGCUUCCUCACGAGCGAGUGAUAAUUAUGGCUACCGGCAGCCAGGGCGAACCGACAUCGGCGCUUGUGCGAAUAGCCAAUGGCGAACACCGCGAUGUAGAAGUUGUGCCUGGGGAUACGGUCGUCAUAUCAGCGUCUCCAAUACCCGGCAACGAAAAGGUCGUAGCCAAGACCAUAGACAACCUCUUCCGGCAAGGCGCCAAUGUCAUUUACAGCCGCAUUGCCACCGUGCACGUGCAUGGACACGCCAGUCAAGAAGAGCUUAAGACCAUGCUGAGUCUGGUCAAUCCUCGGUUCUUCGUGCCGAUUCAUGGGGAACGCCGCCACCUCGUAGCACACGCUGCGCUCGCCCGCUCCAUGGGCAUGCCCGAAGAGAAUACCUUCGUGUUGGAAGACGGCGAUGUUUUAGCGCUUACUUCGGAAGAGGCCGUCGUCGUUGACAAAGUGGCUGCCGGGCAUGUAUUCGUUGAUGGAAGAACGUUCUGGCACAUGGACAGCAGCGUAUUCAGCGAACGAAGACGCCUUGCCAGGGAGGGUGUUGUCGUUGUUGCAACUACGAUUGGUGUGAGCGCAUGCGAGGUCCUCUCUGAUCCUGAAAUUGUCUCUUACGGCUUUGUAGAAUUGGACGAAUCCUUAGAACUUUUUGAAAAAAGUUCAAAAAUGGCACUGGCAACACUAGAAGAGAUGGGUACCGAGGCCUUAAGUUUAGACAACGCAAGGGCUAGGGUCAGGGAUUCAAUCUCAAAGUUCCUACACAAAGAGACUGGCAGGCGUCCAACGGUUCUCACGGUCAUAGAGUAUAUCUAG